UGGAAAAAUGGAGGAAAGCCCGAAACGAAUAAGAAAGCUACAACUAUUUAUAUGAUAUGAUGGGAGGGAAAAAAUCAAAGGAAAUCAAAAACGAAAGAAUAGAACCUGUUCUUGGACUUGCGGAGGAAAAUAAACUUUCUGUUAUUCCUAUCUUCAGAACCAGCCUUAGGGAUUCCUAUACACUUAACCGGUUCACUACUCUGAAAUUAAAAAAGAGCCGGAUGUACUCAGUUGAAAGCAAUAUACUGGACUCUAGAGGAUUCUAUUUUCUCCGAAAAUCAGGAAGCUUCCUGACCAACUCCCUGGAGUUCAGAGACGAUGCGGGGAACGUAGUCGCCUCCUUGGAAAAGAAAACAUCCUGCUCAAUUUCAAUAGCUUGGAUAAUGCUUGGUUCCUCUCCUGGUCCUGUAGUUGCUACGUUGUACCACAAGUACAUGGGUAGAAGAAGUAAAGUACAUGUGUACAUCAGCAAUCCACCUCUACAUUGUCAAUUCAUUGAUAAUUCAGACAGGAAUCCUGAUCUUUUGAUAGCAGGGGAUAUUUCCAGCAAUACAUAUUCAUUCUUAUUAGGAGGGAAAAGGAAGGUUGCUCAAGUCUAUCAUCAGAAGGAAGGAAGAGGGCCACAGGUUUUCCUGGCUCCUGAACUUAACAUGUACACACUGGAAAUAGGUCCUUAUGUUGAUAUUGCAUUUAUUGCCAUCUGUGCUUCAGCUGUUGAUCUUUUACAGCUUAGAUCAUCAGUCUCAAUUUUAGAUAAUUGUCUUUACUGCUUAUCUGCACUCGAACCUGACAAUAGUGAUGAUGACGAAGACAAUGAUGAUGAUGAUGAUGAUGAUGAUGAUGAUGAUUUGGAGGAGACAGAUGCAAAAGAAGAUGAUCUUGAGGAGGUUGAGGAGGUGGAGGAGGAGGGUGAAAAUGAUGUAAUGAUCAACUGUAGAAAUGUUCAACUGUGAUAAGAUAUAUUUCCUGAAACCUCUAAAAGUUCAAUUUAUAAAUUUCUAACCCAGGCAAUCUAAAACUGAUAUCAUAAAGGCUUAGAAAUAACAAAUAAGAAUAAUGAAAGAGAAAUAUUUUUAAUUCCUAAUUUUUUUAUUAGAAAAGUUUACGAAACCUGCAAGUUUUGAAAAUCCCGGUUGAUAGAAACUUUUUUAACUGACUCUCUCUCAUUCAUUAUAAUAGACAAAUCCAUUUAUUGUUUACACUAUACGUAUGAACUAGAUUGUAAGUAGUAUCAUGUCAGUAUAAUUGCGAAAAUUUAACUUUUUUAUAAAAAUAACAAUAGUCCAAAAAAUAAUUUUGUCAUGCUUGAAAAAAAAAUGAAAAAGAAAAUGGAGUUUGUUAAUAUAAAAAAUCAGUUGUCAUUCAUAUUGUGUCGCACUCUUAGCACAAGACAAAUACGUUGUAAAUACAAAAAAGGACAAAUUCGUUGUUUAAAAUCCGGCCCCCCCCCCCUAAAGAAAACAAUCGUACAAAAAUAGCUUAAUCUUGUAUAAUAUAUAUAUACACAGUUUUCCUACCUGCUUAAUCAAUCAAGGUUUAUAUAACUGCAACUUUUAAAAGAACUAUUAGAAUUUAUCAGAAUUAUUUAUUAACAUUAAAAAAUUUUCUUCGCACAUUCAUAUCAAAAUCAAUAUUUGAAUUUGAAUCAUUAAAAAUUAUCUUAACAUUAACAUCUGCAGUCAACUUCAUUGUCGUUUGGACUGACUCAUCGACACUAACAAAAUUUAAAAACAAAAAUUAAUUUUUUUGUGCAAUUUUGAAUUUGCAGGUAGAUCAUUAGGUUUUGCUUUUUUACCUAUAAAGGAAUUGAGUCUUUGUCCCAAACUCUGAUUUUGUGAUUUCUAAUUAUUAACUUUGCAACCCAAUGUUCUAGA